GUCACGCAAAGGAUUGUAGGUGUGCGCUCCAUGUGAACUCAGACCGGGAUCCGAAAAGACGAGUGAAGAGCUGUGUGGGUCUCCGACGGGAUCGCCUUGGGGUUUUGUUUAGUUUUUCUGGAUAUUUCUUCAGUAAGACGUAAAAAUGUCAUCCAAACAAGAAAUAAUGAAUGACCAGCGGUUUAGGCGGGUUUCAAAGGAUCCCAGAUUUUGGGAAAUGCCAGAGAAGGACCGAAAAGUCAAAAUUGACAAGAGAUUUCGAGCCAUGUUUCAUGACAAAAAGUUUAAAUUGAACUAUGCUGUUGAUAAAAGAGGGCGCCCUAUCACCCACAGCACGACGGAAGACCUGAAACGCUUCUAUGACCUUUCAGACUCUGAUUCUGAUCUCUCUGAUGAAGAAAGCAAAGCACUGGACCAAAAGAAAGUAAAGCAGAAAAAGAAACAGACCGAAAAAGAAGUGAAGUCAAAAAUGCUGAUUGAGGAGAAAAAGAAAGAAACCAAAAAAAUUGAUCAGAAGGAUCCUAUAAAUAAAAAUGAUUUAGAUAAUUCUGAAAGAAUUCAAAAAAUGAAAAACUUGUGUAAAUCUCAAAAGGUAAAUUCAGAAAUAAGUUCCAAAAAGGAUAGUGAAGAAUUUCCACAAAAUACAAAAAAGAAAAGGAACAUCACCGACCACAGUACAGAUUCUUUGCCCAAAGGAAAACCAAGGACCAAAGAUUCCAGUACCCCUGAAAUUGUGAAAUCUCCAACAAUCACUUGUUCUAAGGCAAAAAGAGAAAAGCAAUCAGUGCUUCCAGUUGUUGUGGCAAGAGAUGAAGAUGCCCUGGAGGAAGAUUCAGACAGUGCUAGUGAAAUAGGAAGUGAUGCGGACUCUGAAGAUGAAGUCACAAGUGAUGAUAGAACUUCAGCUGAUGAUGAUGAAGAGGAAGAGGAGGAAGAGGAGGAGGAAGAUAGUGAGGAGGAGGAUGAAAGUGACAGUGGUCCUGAUCUGGCAAGGGGUAAAGGAAAUAUAGAAACUAGUUCUGAAGAUGAAGACGAUUUUGCAGAUCUGUUUCCAGAAGAACCUGGUUUUGAACAUGCUUGGAGAGAAUUAGAUAAAGAUGCUCCUCGGGCUGAUGAGAUUACACGCCGACUAGCAGUUUGCAACAUGGACUGGGAUAGAUUAAAGGCAAAAGAUUUGCUGGCUCUGUUCAAUUCCUUUAAGCCCAAAGGAGGAGUUGUAUUUUCUGUAAAGAUAUAUCCUUCGGAGUUUGGAAAGGAGAGGAUGAAGGAAGAGCAAGUUCAAGGACCAGUAGAGUUACUGAGUAUUCCUGAGGAUGCCCCCGAAAAAGACUGGGCCUCUAGAGAGAAGCUGAGAGACUAUCAGUUCAAACGAUUGAAAUAUUAUUAUGCAGUAGUGGAUUGUGAUUCUCCUGAAACAGCAAGUAAGAUUUAUGAAGAUUGUGAUGGCCUGGAAUUUGAAAGCAGUUGUUCUUUUAUAGACCUAAGGUUUAUACCAGAUGAUAUUACUUUUGAUGAUGAACCCAAGGAUGUGGCCUCAGAAGUUGAUCUAACAGCAUAUAAACCAAAAUAUUUCACAUCCGCUGCAAUGGGAACAUCAACGGUGGAGAUCACUUGGGAUGAGACUGAUCAUGAAAGAAUCACAACACUUAACAGAAAGUUUAAAAAGGAGGAGCUUUUGGACAUGGAUUUCCAGGCCUACUUAGCUUCCUCUAGUGAGGAUGAAGAGGAAGAGGAAGAAGCACCACAAGGUGAGGAUGGAGUCAGUGUAGAAGAUGGGAAAGCAAAGAAAUAUCAGAAGGAUGAUGAAGAACAAAUUGCUAAAUAUAGAGAGCUCUUGCAGGUUAUUAAAGAAAAAGAAAAGAAAGGAAAAGAAAAUGAUAUGGAAAUGGAGAUCAAAUGGGUUCCAGGCCUUAAAGAGAGUGCAGAAGAAAUGGUCAAAAACAAGUUGGAGGGAAAGGAUAAGCUGACCCCUUGGGAACAAUUUUUAGAGAAGAAGAAAGAGAAGAAAAGACUGAAAAAGAAACAGAAGGCUCUUGCUGAAGAAGCCAGUGAAGAUGAGCUUCCCUCUGAUGUUGAUUUGAAUGAUCCCUACUUUGCUGAAGAAGUUAAAAAAAUAGGUAUAAAGAAAAAAUCAACGAAAUCUGCAAAGGGCAGCACAUCUUCAGAGGAAGAAACUGAACUAGAAAAACAAAAGGCUGAAAUGGCCUUGCUUGUAAUGGAUGAGGAAGAAGACAGCAAGAAACACUUCAAUUAUGACAAGAUUGUAGAACACCAGAAUCUGAGCAAAAAGAAGAAGAAAAAGCUUAUGAAAAAGAAGGAGUUGCUUGAGGAUGACUUUGAGGUAAAUGUUAGCGACGCACGGUUUCAGGCAAUGUACACUUCCCACUUAUUCAAUUUGGAUCCUUCUGAUCCUAAUUUCAAGAAGACAAAAGCUAUGGAAAAAAUUCUUGAAGAGAAAGCUCGGCAACGAGAACGAAAAGAAGAACUACUUACUCAAGCAGUGGAGAGAGCUCAGCAGGACGCAGGAAAGGCGGCCCAGAAGCAGCACUCAGAUCCUGCCUUGUCAUUACUGAUUAAAUCCGUGAAAAACAAAACAGAGCAAUUCCAAGCCAGAAAAAAACAGAGAGUCAAAUAACUGGGCACUGUUUCUGUUAUCUCAAGUACACAGAAAUAGUUUAAGGGUUAAUGGGAAUGUAGCUGCCUUAAUCUCAGCACUCAGGAGGCAGAGGCAGGAGGAUCUCUGUGAGUUUGAGGCCGGCUUGGUCUACAAAAUGAGAUCCAAGACAGGCUCCAAAGCCAAACAGAGAAACCCUGUCUCA